AUGCCUGGAGCUGCGGACGCGAAGGCGCUGGCUACGGCCAUGCGCCAGACGCUUAACCUGCCGGCCACGCGCUUUCCGAUGCGGGCCAAUGCGGCCGUGCGUGAGCCGCAACUGCACGCGCGUUGCGUGUCUGCGGCCUACGCGGAACAGGCAGAGGACACGACGCGGCCGCUGUUCGUGCUUCACGACGGUCCGCCAUUUGCCAACGGUAGCCUGCACAUGGGCCACUUUUUGAAUAAGACACUUAAAGAUAUCAUUAACCGGUAUCAACUUCUACGUGGCCGACGCGUGCAGUACGUGCCCGGCUGGGACUGUCACGGCUUGCCCAUCGAGCACAAGGCGCUGACGAUGCUGCAGCUCUCGGCCGAUGAGCUGUCACCUGCCCAG